AUGGAAAUGUCGCUCAAGCCUCAGGUAUCUGCACCUGGAGGAACAAUUCUUAGCACGUGGGUUACAUCCAACGGAUGGGGAUAUGCGGUCAUCUCUGGCACAUCGAUGGCCACCCCUCACCUUGCGGGUUGCUAUGCCCUUAAAUUUCCUCAUCUGAGCCCGAAGGAGAUCGCGAGACGUUUGCAAUCGUCCGCAACUCCUCUAAAGCAAUACAACGCGACCGACAUUCUCACAACUACCGCUCAGCAAGGCUCGGGAUUAGUAAACGUCCUGAGAGCAGUCACAUCGGAAACCGUUUUCUCUGCAACCGAGUUCAACCUCCGCGACUCAGCCGGCCCCCUCGAUCGGAAUUUCACAAUCGAGAACUUGUCAUCUUCUCCCAAGACUUACACGUUGGGUCACAAGCCUGCAGCGGAAGUCAACGGACUACCAAAUGGCAACAGUCUCGACAUCAACGACAUGUUCUACUGGGCACUCAACUUCAAUCCUGUUUACUCGGAAGUUUCAUUCCCAACGAGCUCCCUCACAAUUCCUGCUGGUGAUAAGGCGACUGUAGAGUUCACGAUCAUCCCUCCCACUGUUGACGCUUCCCUCCUGCCGACCUACAGCGGUCUCAUCACAGUCACCGAGGGAGAGGAGAACUUUUCUAUCGCCUAUCUUGGAAUCCCGUAUGCCCGCGGCGAACUCUCCAACAUCUACACAGGAGACUUGAAGAAUCUUGAUGUCUCCCCAGCGCCUCCUUCCGGUGUUCCUUUGCUGCCAUUUAUUAGUUCUUCUGACGCGGGAAUUCGCAACAACGAUAAGACGGUUUUCACAUUCCCCGCCAAGAAGGUUGCCGAGAACCAAACACAGACGCCUGACAACGAUCCAGUUCUCACAGUUUUCAUUGACCAACCAUCGGCGUAUGUCCGCUUUGACGCAGUACCUGCCGAUAUCGCGUCCAACCCCGCUUACAACUUCACGCCGUCGACAUUUGGCUAUCUCCCGGAACCCCAAACGAACGCUACCGCAUUCACUAAUACGACUGUUACUACUCCUCCCCUGGACUUGGACACCCUUGACCACGUGGCAGGAUUGAAGAGUUAUGGUCUCGUUGGCCUGCUGUGGGGUGGCGACGUGCCUCAUGGAAAAGUUGCCAACAACUUCCGAGGCUACAGCGUUUAUAGCACUGAUUGGUCAUGGGGAGUUGUUGAACUGGCAAACGGAACCAUCUACCAGUUGCCGAAUGCUGAUUAUCGUAUUCUGGUCCGGGCAUUGAAAUGGGGGGGUAACAUGAACAGCUCGACUGACUAUGACAGCUGGCUGAGCCCGAUCAUUGGGGUCAACAUCACAGACCCGGGAUAUCCCAACCCUUGGCUCACCCAGUGA